AAGUGACCCCUUCCGUUGGUAUCUUGCAUUCUGCGGCUCUCACUCUGUUAUGGAGGCAGUAGCCGUAGAAUUUGGCAUUGCACUCUGAAGUUUGAAGAAAGAAUAUAUCAGAACAAAAAAGUCAAGAGAGUUGUAUCUGAAUGGCAGCUUCCACAAAAUCUCUUACAGUUGAUAGUUGCACUUCAAAUGGAGACUGGACAGUUGUUUUACCUCGUCGUGGCAGACAAAGAAGAAAAGCGACCAAGGUUGGAAUUUUGGAAGAGAAACAAGAAGCGUGGACACCGACAGAUUCUCAGACUGAUCCUAUCAGAGAAACAAAAUUGAUGCAAAAAAUGGAAAAAUGUAUAGCUAAGAUUGGGAGCUCUAAGUUCUAUCAUACUUUCCGAGAUCAAAUUGAAACAUCUGUUUUGGAUUACUUCCAUAGGGUUUUGGGUUCAGAGAUAAAGAUGCCAAUGAUAAUUUAUGGUAUUGGCAGCAUUGAAUUGUAUGAGCCCCCAUGCUUGCAACUUAGCCUUGCAAUAUUGAUGAAGAGAGAUUUUAGCUGGAUUGGAAACAUUGAGGUAUUUGAUCCUAUUCUCUCUGUGAGUGAGUCUCGAGUUUUGGAAGCCCUUGGUUGCUGUGUUAUAUCUAUAAAUGAGCAUGGGAGGCGAGAGGCCAUCAAGCCAACCAUGUUCUUCAUGCCUCACUGUGAAGCAGAGUUAUAUAACAACCUGUUGCAUGCGAAUUGGAAACCGGAACUCUUAAGUAACACCGUGAUAUUUGGGAACAGCUUUGAAACAUACGAGCAGCAUUUGUCAAUUUGUAAGAACUCACCUAUUAUUAACUCAACGGAGCAUAUUUUGGCUGUUCGAAGAUUUACAAGUGAAUUUAGAAUCAAAACAGUUUCAGAUGAUUAUUAUAAUGCUUUCCAUGAUUCAAGUUGGCAUUUUUUCGGUCCUGUCCACGAGGCAGAGCUGCAAUUUAUCAAUUCUUGAUGGGGGGUUAGCAGAUUAGUGUAGAUUCAUUUAAAAAGGUGUAUUCCUGUAUCAAUAUAAUUCAGUUGUACGCCUAGUUGACUUUCUCCUUUUGUCUUCAGUUUCAUGUUCCAAAUAUCCAGCAGAAUUGUUCCUGCACUGAGAUUUUGUUACAAUGAACAAGAUAAAAAAACAUUGACAAUAAACAGGGUGAGAAGAGUAAUUUGAGAUACUUGUUAUUAGCAAUAGAGGUUUAUACUCUUGGU